UUGACCGUCAUGUUUUGUUUACAUCUCUUGGAUGUGAUCUGAUAAGCCGAUAAGCGCUAUGGCAUAUAUCAUGAAUUUGUGAUAAGGGUUUAAGGGUGUAUAUUUUUCACUUGUUGUUAAGUUAUGGCUUCCAGAGUAGCCGUGGUAACAGGUAGCAACAAAGGAGUUGGUUUUGCCACUGUUAGAGCUCUCUGCAAGCAUUUUAAUGGUGAUGUUUUCUUACUAGCUCGUGAUGAAAAGAGAGGAAAAGCUGCAGUUGAGGCACUGAAAAACGAAGGAUUGAAUCCAAAAUUCCAUCUUCUUGAUAUAACCAGUAUUAGCAGCAUAAAAACACUAGCUUCUUUUCUGAAAACAGAGUAUGGAGGCUUAGACGUACUUGUAAAUAAUGCUGGUAUAGCAUACAAAAAUGAAGAUCCCACUCCAUUUCCUGAGCAGGCUAAAAAUACCAUCAAAAUUAAUUUUUUUGCCACUUUGGAUGUAUGCCAUGAACUGUUCCCUCUACUGAGACCACAUGCUAGAGUUGUAAAUGUAACUAGUUCCGCUGGUAAAUUAUCUCGAAUACCAGGAAAAGAACUACAACAGAAAUUUUUAGCUGAAAGUCUAACUGAAGAUGAACUUUGCAACUUGAUGAAUCAGUUUGUUGAAGAUGCAAAAUCUGGCAUUCAUGCAGAAAAAGGUUGGGGAAACUCAGCUUAUGUUGUGUCUAAGGUUGGAGUAUCUGCCUUAACAUUUCUUCAGCACAAAAGCUUCCUUCAAGAUCCUCGCCCUGACAUUGUAAUCAAUGCUGUUCACCCUGGUUUUGUGGAUACUGACAUGACUAGUCACAAAGGUCAUUUAACUCCAGAUCAAGGUGCUGAAGCUCCAUCUUAUUGUGCUUUACUACCUGCUAACAUAGAGUCUCCCCGAGGGCAGUUUAUUUGGUGUGAUAAAACCAUUGCAACCUUCUUAUGAUUUAGGGCAUAAACGUAAUGGAGUAUGUGCCAACAAUCUGACAUUUUCAGACUUCAAUCUAUAAAACUCUUGUAUGUUAAAUUCCUUCUUUUGUAAGAAAUUUUCCAUUUGAAAGAAAAUCAAAACUACAUAAAUCAUUUUGUUCCCUAAUAAAAAUAGUUUUGAGCAGUGUC